AUGCCAUCCUAUGCUAAGUUCCUUAAAGGGAUUCUUUCAAAGAAGAGAAGGCUGGAAGAUUAUGAGACUGUUGCUCUUACAAAGGAAUGCAGUGCCAUAUUACAAAACAAACUGCCACUAAAGCUCAAGGAUCCAGGAAGCUUUUCUAUACCUUGUCUUAUUGAAAAUAUGAAAACAGACAAGGCACUCUAUGAUCUAAGUGCAAGUGAUGUCCAAAUUCCUAUCAUCCUGGGAAGACCUUUCUUGACAACCGCCGGAGCUAUCAUAGAUGUUAAAAAUGGGCGAUUUAAGGUAGGAGAUGAAGAAAUGGAAUUCAACUUAUUUAGAGCAGUAAAGCAUAAACUUGGACUUGAUGAAUGUUUAAGGGUUGACAUAACUAACAAGCUAGUUAAAGAGGAAUUGCAUAAAACACAUCCUGAAGAUCCUCUUGAAGUAUGCAUAGUACACAGCCACACAACAGAUAAUGAAAACACAAAAAUUACAGCUUGUGCACAAUCUUUAGAAGUUAGCCCAUCUCUACCUUUAACUCAAUCUCACCAAGUGGAAAAGCUAAAGGAGGAACAACCCAAAAGCAUGUUACAAGAGGAUACUAAAUAG